AUGCAUGAACCCAUCUAUGGAUUUCAUCGACAUGGAUUAGCCCCAGAAUCCUUGACACCGGAAAACUCUGAAAAGUUUGACGUUGCAACUGUCUCAGCCCAAUCUGCUCUAGGGUCUAGGGCCUUUGACCCUUGUUUCUGUUUCGGGCACGUGCCAUCUACCGAGCCAAUAAUAAAGCCCGUGGCCAAUGCCAUGCCUUUCAUUGCUGGUUACAUUCGGGUGUUCGAUCUUUGGACCAGGUUUUGGGAGGAGGGGGGCGAAAAAGCUACAGCUCGGCCUACUAGGCAAAGGCAACGGCAGAGGUUGAGCUAUACACAUCCCGGAGUCGGGAUUGCUGACCUAACCGUGUUUAUUGAA